UAAUUGGCUGCUGCCGGCUCGUUUUGAAAACGUCGCCUGGUUUGAGGCGGAGGGAAGAUUCAAAAUUGGAGCAACAGAAACACCGUAACCGAAACAGGCACCCCGAAACAAUGAACAGACAAGCGAAGGGUAAAACGCCUCGCAGGCCUCCUCCAAAAAAGCCUCCCAACAGCCAGAAAGACCCUGUUGGGGUGUACUGUCGUGUGCGGCCUCUGGGUGCGGAGGACGAGGAGUGCUGCAUUGAGGUGAUCAGCAGCACCACCAUCCAGCUGCACGCCCCUGAAGGCUUUAAAACCAACCGCAAUGGAGAAUAUAAAGAGACACAGUACUCCUUUAAAAAAGUGUUUGGAGUCUCAGUAGCUCAGAUGGAGCUCUUUGAGUAUGUGGCCAAACCGCUUGUCGAUGAUCUCAUCCGUGGAAAAAAUGGUCUCCUGUUUACGUACGGGGUGACAGGGAGUGGGAAGACAUUUACCAUGACUGGCUCUCCAGGCCAGGGAGGACUUCUACCUCGCUCCCUCAACAUGAUCUUCAACAGUAUUGGUCCCUACCAGGCCGAAAGAUAUGUUUUUAAAACGGAUGAUAAAAAUGGCAUGGAGGUUCAGAGUGAAGUUGAUGCUUUGUUGGAGCGCCAAAGGCGGGGAAACGUGACUGUUCCUAAGACACCUUCGUCUAGACAAAAGCUUGAUCCUGAGAUUGCUGACAUGAUCAAGCCAGACGAGGCUUAUAAAGCAGAUGGUGUGGAUGAGGACAACAGCUACAGCAUCUUCGUCUCCUACAUUGAAAUCUACAACAACUACAUCUAUGAUCUCUUGGAGGAAACUCAGGAAGAUGCAAUCAAGCCAAAGUGGAAUGGUGGAGGCACACCUGUGCGCCAGAACACUGAGUUCAUACCUCCUCAGUCUAAAAUCCUCAGAGAGGAUCAGAAUCACAACAUGUACGUGGCUGGUUGUAUGGAGGUCGAAGUCAAGUCUGCUGAGGAGGCUUUUCAAGUGUUCUGGAGAGGUCAAAAGAAGAGGAAGGUUGCAAACACCCGUCUGAACAGAGAGUCCAGUCGCUCACACAGUGUGUUCAUUAUUAAAAUGGCUCAGGCUCCUCUAGAUGCAGACGGCAACAACAUUCUCCAGGAUAAGAACCAGGUGAGUGUCAGUCAGCUGUGCCUGGUGGAUCUGGCUGGAAGUGAGCGUACUGGCAGGACAGGGGCAGAAGGCACUCGUAUACGGGAAGCAGGUAACAUUAACCAGUCUUUGCUGAAUCUGCGGACAUGCAUUGAGAUACUUCGAGAGAACCAAAUGUGUGGCACAAACAGGAUGGUCCCCUACAGAGACUCCAAAGUAACCCACCUGUUUAAAAACUACUUUGAUGGGGAAGGAAAAGUCAGGAUGGUUGUUUGUGUGAAUCCCAAGGCUGACGAUUACGAGGAAACCUUGCUGGUGAUGCGGUUUGCUGAGAUGACCCAGGAGGUGGAAGUGGCUCGGCCAGUGGACAGACCCAUCUGUGGCUUCACUCCAGGCCGUCGUCACAGAAACCAGGCAUUUAAAGAGGAGCUGUCUCGUCGGCUGGAGGAGCGUGGCGGUCCAGUAGACAGGGAUGUGCCAUCCGUUAUAAACUACAUGGUGCACAGCCUCCCACCUCUCCCCUCCUCUGAGCUCACUGACCCACAUGACGACAUCACCCUGCCACGACUGAUUGAAGCUCUGGAGAACAGACACAGGAUCAGACAGAAGAUGAUUGAAGACUACAACAAAGCAGCCAACAUGAUGAAGUCUAUGCUUCAGGAACUGGAUGCCAACCUCAUUUCCAAAGACAACUUUAUCCAUGAACAAAAUGGCAAACUGGCAGAGAGAGACAAAAUCAUCCAGAACAACAAGGCAGAGAUGGAACGUUUGGAGAAGAAAAACAAGAUGCAAGAACAUAAGAUUGACAUUCUGCAAAAAACAACAAAAAUCUAUGAGGAUGACAAGCGCUCAAUGCAGCAGGAGUUGGAAACCAGAGAACAGAGGCUGCACAGGGAACUGUCUGAGAAGAGACGCAUGGAGCAGCGCCUGCACGGCGUGGUCUCAGACACUCAGCACAAAUGGGAGAAAGAAUGUGAGAGACGCGUUAAUGCGAUGCAGCUUGAGAUGCAAAACAAGCUCUGGGUGAAAGACGAAAAGCUGAAGCAGCUCAAAGCCAUUGUUACAGAGAGCAAGACUCCAGGACGUCCCGAACCUCCACCGCGUCAGACGCAGCCUAAGCGACCUUCCAGAGAGGAACGCCUCCCGGCAAAGAGAUCUGCCUCCCCGUCACCUCUUCCUUGCCGUGUCGAUUCUCCUCAAGUCAGUCCAGUGAUAGCUUCACAGCCAGUCAGUACCACUAGAGUUGAGGAGGAUGAGAUGAACCCAAGGCCCACCUGCCCCACCCCCAGCACCAGUAAUUCUCGGUCUGUGGCAAGCUCUAUCUCUGCAUGGGAGCAGCGGUCAGCUCAGGACAGCAUACAGGAAUACCAUUCCCAUUGCACACCCACCAGAACCCAGUCUCCAGCAGGCCCCUCAGGCAGCCGGUCCAAGAGAAGAGCUAUGUGCUUGAAUAGAGAGGAAGAGCGAGCCUGCUGCCCUCCGUUUGAUCUAGAUCUUUUCCAGAGAAGCGCUUGGACGACGACACCAGUACGGCCGCUGCACCGUCGUUCCCGUUCUGCUGGUGGUGAGAAGUGGGUGGACCACAAGCCGACCUCUAGCCUGGACUUGGGAACAGUGCUGCAGCCUGUCAUUCCUAAUGCCAUCCAGGUGUCUGCACCCAGCGAGAAGGCCCUGUCUAAGUGUGACAAAUAUGUGUUAACACACCAGGAGGUUGCCUCUGAUGGCGAGAUAAAGACCAAACUUAUUAAGGGUGAUGUGAUUAAAACCAGAGGAGGAGGACAAGCGGUCCAGUUUACUGACAUCGAGACACUGAAACAGGAGCUCACCACAGUCCCAAGCCGGAAGAGGAAAUCUUCAGAAGGCACCCCGGCAAGUGGGGAUGGAACAGACGGAGCUUGGACUGAUGUGGAGACAAGGUGCUCCAUGGCCAUGGAGAUGAGGGCUGGAUCAAACAUGGGACCCGGAUAUGAGCAUCACGGGAUCACCAAGCGCAGAAAACCUUGAAAGCAUUGAGCGGCUGCAGCAGUGAUCACUACACUCCUCUCUCCUGACCUGGCUGUUGUGCAAUAGUCUGAACUUUGUUUUUGUAGUAGCUCUAGUGAUUAUAUUUAAACAUUUUCUAUUCCUUUUAUAUAUGCAACAGUGUAUAUACAUGGGUCACCAAAGCUAUUUUGUAAAGUAUUUUAUCCGCUUUUUUUCUGUUGAGUCAAAUACAAAUGUUAUUGGACUGAGUCAAGUGAGUGGCAGAUGUUUAGUUACUGUGGAUCUACAGCUGAAAAGGAAAAAAAAAACAGUCUGCACAUUUGUUACUCGGCACAUGAGAAGUUAUUGUGAAACUGCCACAAUAUUGACUUAUGUCUGCUACAAACUGUUUGAUUGUUUUAUACUGAGCUCCAGGUAAAGUUUAAAUCAUCAGCUUAUUUUGGAGAUUUUUUCUUUCACUGUACACUCAGGAAUAAAAUUCAUUUAAAGUA